UGAAUCAUAUUUUAAAUAUAGGGAUCAAAUUACUAAUCAAGUCUUUUUUGUUUAUAAUCUGUCAAUAACUUUGCCUAUUCAAGAACCAAGAUAGCAGCAAGUAUAUAUCACUUGAAACUGCACCAUACAAAUUGUGAAAGCCAGAAUAAAUCAAAUUAAAUAUAAUAUUGCAAUCACUUGUAAUUUGUCUUUGACAUGAAUAGAAUACAGUUGUCUAACAAUUUGUUAGAUGACCUCAGGGAGCUUCGCAAUACACCAUUAUUCAUUACUAUGCUUUGUAUUAUAUUUUUUGAUUGGCAACGUUUAUUAGAAUGUUAUUGCUUCUGUUUUUAAACAUAUCUUUAUGUAUUCUCCAUUUUUUCUUGUUUACAAUGUUUGGCAGGUCUGGGAGAUUGUUUAUGCGAAGGAUGGAUCUGCCAAGGAAGUUUUAAAUGUUAUGCAGCUCAAGGGGCAUAAGAGUGCUGUGACUUGGUUAUGCUUUACACCGAAUUCUGAGCAAAUAAUCACUGCAUCCAAGGAUGGUACAAUGAGAAUAUGGAAUAUCAAUGUUCGAUAUCACUUUGAUGAGGAUCCUAAGACACUGAAGGUGUUCCCUAUUCCUCUUCGCGAUUCUUCUGGUGCUACUUUGCACUAUGACCGCCUUAGUAUUUCCCCGGAUGGAAAAAUUUUGGCUGCUACCCAUGGUUCCACAUUGCAGUGGUUAUCUGUUGAUACUGGAAAGGUUUUGGAUACAGCUGAGAAAGCCCAUGACAGUGACAUUUCUUGCGUUUCCUGGUCUCCUAAAGCUAUUCCAAUGGGUAAUGACGCUAAUUACAACUUCUCUGCAAG